AAAAGUGAAGAUUUCUCCAACUUGAAGAGGCAGACUGGGAAGUCUAUUGCUAUGGCUACCUGUCCGAGUCCUUCCUGGGCCCUUUUCCUUGUCAUAAUGGUGGCCGUCCUGCCCCUAGCACUUUCCACCAACAGCAAGUACAUUGUGACGGCCCCAGCUAAGGCACGGAGAGGCUACUUGUUUACAGUCAAAGUGGCUCUGUUAGUACCGUCUGGCCCCGCCACCGUGGAGGCAUCGAUCACCGACGUCUCUAACCAGGUACAGGUUGAACCUGUGACAGCGAACUUUGUUGGCAAUGACGCAAAUGAACAGCAACUGAUUACUCUGAGGAUAAAAGACGACAUGUUAGCAGGAAAACAUUACCUGAAAGUGGAAAGCAAAUCCGGAGUUGUGUUCAAGAUCAAACAAGAUUUAGAUGUUCUCCCCAAAACAGGAUUGAUCCUGAUCCAAACAGAUAAACAGAUGUACAAAGAAAGCCAAACAGUUCACAUUAGAGGGGCAGCGUUGUCCUCAGACACCAAGCCUCUGGACACUGACCUGGACGUCAUCAUCAAAGAUCCAAAUGAAAACAAACUAGCUCACUACAAAGGCCUCACUCCAAAUCUUGGUGUGAUCACUGUGGACUUCCAACUGGUGAAUGACCCAGCCUUAGGGGAGUGGACUAUCACUAUCAUGGGCACAACCAUGCCGGAAAUAGUGUCAGAAAGGAAGUUCACUGUGGAUAAAUAUGUUCUGCCGAAGUACUCUGUUGAAGCUAAUCUACCAGAUUUUGUGAAGUUGUAUCCUGGGACAAAUAAUGGACAGCUGACUAUAGAUGUAAUAGCCAAAUACACCUAUGGGAAGCCAGUCAACGGAAGAGCUAUACUUCAGGUAACCAGUGGUGGCAGAAGCCAGGACACAGAGAAAACACUUGUGAAUGGAAUGGCUACCUUCACCAGCACUGUGUCUCGAAGUGAGGUGAUAGCCUAUCGCGGAUAUCAGGCUGACCCCCAGGCAGGGGUCAAGGUCACCGUCAUUGAAGCUGUAACUGAUAAAGAGGAGAUGUUUGAAGGGAGUGUGCCAAUGUUCGUUGAACCCUACAAGAUUGCCUUCAUCAACGACGAUGGAUCGUUUGUGUACGGCAUGCCCCUCAAUAUAUUCGUGAAAGUGACUGAUAUUGCUGGUGGGUCGAUUCCUGAGGCUGAUCGCUCUGCUCUGGGUGUGAAAGUGAAGUUUACUCCGUCUCAAACGUGGGCUGUCAACGAGAAGCUCCUUCCCACCCUCACCUUGACCAUGCCUACCACUGGUGAUGUGAUAGUGACCCAGGUCGACAUUCCAACCAAGGUCCAGAUGGAGAACCAGACAUUUGCGAUGAUGGGUGAGUUGACAUAUCCCUCUGCCAAUAGUGCAGGCGUUCAGAAGCUGGAGACAGGAACCAAGUAUAAAUAUCCUGUCAGCACAAAGACUAACCUCGGUAUCAGUGUUGGUGUAGUGGGCGUCACUGAUCAGAUCCAGUCACCAGACAAAACAGUGCCUGCUGGUCAAGCUGUCACCUUUAGAGUCACGACGACUGUAGCUGAACCAGUGUUCUACGAGGUUCAUGCUAAAGGUAUACUGCUUUUGAAUGGAAUCCUUAGUCCAGUCCAGACCCCACCCGGUCUCUACACAGCAGACUUUGAUGUCGCUGUCACAUCAAAAAUGGCACCAAAUGCUGUAGUCGUUGUCUAUACAAACACAGCGACAGAUGAAAUAGUAGCAGACUCACAGAGUUUCUCCGCGUCUGGUCUCCUCAAACACCAGUUGAAUGUCCGCUUUGACAAUAACCUGAAACAAGUGGGGGACGUAGCUGAGAUGACAGUGGUGUCGGAUCCUAACUCUGUGGUGUUUGUCAGCGCAAUCGACAAGAAAGCAGCACUCCUGGGGAAGCCUAACGACAUUGAUCUAGCACAGUUAUUGGAUGCUCUGGAGGAGUUUGACCUCAUUGCUGAGCCCAAAAAGGAUGAUACUGAUUGGGGGUGUGGAGGCUGUGGUAUCAUGUUCAAACGUAAACGACGUGACGUGGAAAUGGUGCAGAGUAAUAGUGGCAUCACAACGACCAGUGUCCUCAGGGUAAUUAUAUAG